CGGGAGGCUCACAGACCAUUUAAAGUGAUGCCAGCCAAAUCCCACGUACAAUCACGAACUAGAACAUGACCUGAUGGCACCUCUCGUCUGGAAGAAAAUGGCCUGUGUAAUGAUGCCACUAUUUUGCCUUUUGUGCAGAGCAGGAUGCACAUCAGGAGGGGCCACCCCAGAUUUUGGCAACAUCUACCAUGUGUCAGGGGUGAUUGACAUGCCGUUCGCUGAAAUCAAGGAGCCCUUUGAAGCCUGGUACAACCUGACGGGAGAAAAGAGUCGGAUCGAGUACUACGGCGGACAAGUGGUCACCUUCCAGUACGGGGCGGAGAAGCCGUUUGGUGCCCUCUACAAGAUCACCCCGGUCACUACGGAGCUGGAGGUGAACGUCCGGAAGUGUUUCCGGGUCAGCGGCCGCCCUUGGAACCGCGUCUAUCCACAGAGCGUCUUCCCCAGCCUAGACGGUUUCCAGAUUGCUUCCGGCGGCUUCGCCCGCGGCUUCCCAGCUGGAGCCCUGGAUCUCCCAAGUGCCAUGGAGUGCGAGUUUCCUCCGGGAGAUGGGCUGGAGCACCGCAUCCUUGCCAACCCCCUGCGAGAUUUGGUGGGCCUGCAGGCGGACCGAGGCCAUCAGCUGUUCCAGCGCUACCGGCAGAAGCACAGGAAGGAGUACAGCAGCGAGAAGGAGCUUGCGCUCAGAGCACACGCCUUCAUUCACAACAUGAGGUACUUCCACUCGAAGAAUCGGGCCAACCUGCCCUACAAGCUGGUGCUGAACCACCUGGCCGACCGCACCCCGGAGGAGAUGGCCGUGCUGCGGGGGCGGCUCAAGAGCGGGGCUCCCAACAACCCGUGGGCAUCGUACGCUGGCCUCAACCUGCCUGAGAGCCUGGACUGGAGGCUGUUCGGCGCCGUGACCCCCAUGAAGGACCAGGCUCUGUGCGGCUCCUGCUGGAGCUUUGCUGCUACAGGGGGAUUAGAAGGUGCCCUCUUCCUCAAGACCGGCGUGCUCACCCCCCUGUCCCAGCAAGCCCUGGUCGACUGCUCCUGGGGCUGUGGGAACCACGCCUGCGACGGCGGCCUCGUCUGGCGGGCCUUUGACUGGGUCAGGAAGCAUGGUGGCAUACCGAGCGCCGAGUCCUACGGGCCCUACAGGGGCCAGAACGGAUACUGCCACUCCAGCUCGUCUAAGCGCCUCGCCAACAUCACAGGCUACCGCGCCCCCCCCGCCGGUAAUGUCACCGCCCUGAAAGCCGCCGUCUUCAAGAAUGGCCCCGUGCCCGUCAACAUCGACGCCUCCGCCAAGUCGUUCUUAUUUUACUCCAACGGCAUCUACUAUGAACCCGGGUGUGGGAACACCACCCUCAGCUUGAACCACGCGGUGCUGGCCGUGGGCUACGGGGUCCUGCAAGGAGAGAGCUACUGGCUCAUCAAAAACUCCUGGUCGACCUAUUGGGGGAACGACGGCUACAUCCUCAUGUCCAUGCGGGACAACAACUGCGGGGUGGCCACGGCUGCCACGUACCCCAUCCUGGCCUGAUCUCCAGCCACUCCUGGGGCCGAGGGAAGUGAGCGGGGGAGGGUCAGUCUGUCAGGCUACGUGUGGUUGAUGUGUGUGGUGGACGGGACCAAGCUCUGUUGCUUUCGCGCCUGAUCCUGCUUGGCCCAUGUGCUUGCUCGUUUGUGCUGAGUGCCCUGACGUCCCCUGAAUGGGAGCUGAGGGCAGCGAGAGCUUCUUGGGGCUGCUGGGCAUGGCCAGCCCCCUCUAGCUGGCACAGAUGUCAGCGCAGCUCCCCAAGGGUCUGGCUCGGCCGCAAUCCGAGGUGUGCCUGCAAGCCUGGAGAGGCGGGCGCAGACCCCAGAGAACUAUGAGCCACAGUCUCAGUGGGCCUUGAUCUAGGGAGAUCAAAGCUAGCUCGAGUAACACCGCCAGGGGAGCCACGGCAGCCCAUAGGCCAGCCUCCCAAAUAGCCUGGGUACCUACUGCAGCUGCGAGUCGGUUCCGCCAGCCAGGCUGCCACUAUUACUCAAGCAGGCUUUGAUCUCGCUGGAUCAAAGCUGGUGCGGCUCUGCCGACAGGUGUGGCCAGCGCCUCCCCAUUGCAUCACAGAGGCUGGGAGCAGGAGAGCCCUUUGUGGAAGGGGGAGAGGCUUUGCACAUGGAGCAGCCUGGCCCGGGGAAGGGAUGGGAGAGAAGUCAGACCAGCUGCUGUGGGUAGGGGGAGCCCUCGCUCCCACUGGGAACCGAGGAAGUGGGUCUGGCCCACGAAAGCUCAUCAUCUAAUAAACCAUCUUGUUAGUCUUUAAAGUGCUACAUUGUCCUGCAUUUUGCUUCUGGGAACUGAAAGGAGGGGUUCUCCCUAUGGCACUUCCAGAUCUCCGGAUGGUCCUGCGCCAGCCCUUUCCCUGCACUCCCUAGUCUGGGGAGUUACAGCUGUGUUUCUCAACCUUUUUUUAUAAAGUACCCCUUUUUCAAAAAAAUUUGUAGACGA